AUGGGCUACGACCAAUGGGUAACGAUAACAUUGUACAACAACAUGCAAUCCAGCACCCUAAGCAUAAGAAAUGCCAAAACCUCCUGGGGCAAAUUCCACAAAAAUAAAAACAAAGACGCCGAGAUAAGUCUUCAAGACAUCAACCAGAUCACACUCGAACCAGGCCACUCCGUCAUCAUCAACGCCUGUGGUCGCGCAAAUGCAUCUUCCGGAACAUCCGGCAGCAUUGAACUGUAUGAUGGUAGCGUCAAGAUUGGCAAAAUCUACUGGACCUGUCCGUGGCUGACGCAUGUUAAUGACUUUGGUCUGUCAGAGAGAGAUGGGCAUUAUAGGGUCCAUGUUGGGGCGUGGCGGAUUGGAGGAGGAGCCAUUGGGCCUGUUACUGUUCAUGUUGAGAAGAUGUGCCAAACCCAAUUUCAUCUUACUUGA